AUCGUGCUGUGUAUAAGCUAGCUUCAAACCAUUCCUCCUUCAGUUUUCCUUCUCCACCACUCUUCCCCCGUGUUCAUCUUCUGCUUCCCCAUGCUUCUCCCUUGUCAUGUCCUUCUUGGCCUCCUGCUCCUCUCCCUGCACACUCCGGCGAGCUCCGCCGCCGCCACGGAUACCGUGUCACCCGGCCAUUCACUUGCCGGCAGUGACAGGCUUGUCUCCAAUAACAGUAAGUUCGCCCUCGGCUUCUUCAAGCCAGGUAAUGAGUCCUCCUACACCAACCACAACUCCUACCUUGGCAUAUGGUUCAACAAGGUCUCCAAGCUAACCCCGUUGUGGACCGCCAAUGGCGAGAAUCCAGUGGUGGACCCCACUUCACCGGAGCUCGCAAUCUCCGGUGAUGGAAACCUGGCCAUCCUGGAUCAUGCCACCAAAUCCAUCAUAUGGUCUACCCGUGCCAACAUCACAACCAAUGACACCAUUGCCGUGCUUCUGAACAAUGGCAACCUUGUCCUACGAAGCUCCUCAAACUCAUCCAACAUUUUCUGGCAGAGCUUCGACUACCCAACAGAUACACUUUUCGCUGGUGCAAAGAUUGGCUGGGACAAGGUCACCGGCAUGAACCGCCGUCUUGUUUCCAGGAAAAGUUCGGUUGAUCAGGCUCCUGGUAUAUUUUCCUUGGAGUUAGGGCUCAAUGGGGAGGGUCAUCUGCUAUGGAACUCAACUGUGGCGUAUUGGUCCAGUGGGGACUGGAACGGUCGAUACUUCGGCCUAGCGCCAGAGAUGAUAGGCGAUGUCAUGCCAAAUUUCACAUUUGUCCACAAUGACAAAGAGGCCUACUUCACAUACACCUUGUAUGAUGACACGGCUAUCGUGCACGCUGGACUAGAUGUCUUUGGGAUAGGUUUUGUGGGUAUGUGGUUGGAAGGAAACCAAGAAUGGUUCAAGAAUUACAGGCAGCCUGUAGUUCACUGUGAUGUGUAUGCAGUUUGUGGACCUUUCACAAUCUGUGACGACAAUAAGGAUCUGUUCUGUGACUGUAUGAAGGGCUUCUCCGUAAGAUCACCGAAGGAUUGGGAGCUUGACGAUCAAACAGGAGGUUGCAUCAGGAAUACUCCAUUAAGUUGUGGAAGUAGCAAGGACAGGACAAGCCUCACAGAUAAGUUCUACCCUAUGCAAAGUAUUAGGUUACCCCACAAUGCAGAAAAUGUGCAGGCUGCAACCAGUGGAGAUGAAUGCUCACAGGUUUGCUUGAGCAACUGCUCCUGUACUGCAUAUUCCUAUGGGAAAGAUGGCUGCUCCAUUUGGCAUGAUGAGUUGUAUAACGUGAAGCAACUAUCUGAUGCUUCUUCAGACAGAAAUGGGGGAGUUCUUUACAUUCGCCUUGCUGCAAAAGAGUUGCCAGGUUCAGAAAAGAAGAAGAAUAGAAAUAUAAGUGGUUUUGCCAUUGGUGCAAGCACUGCCACUUUGUUUUUGAUGAUCCUUCUACUGAUACUUUGGAGGAGAAAAGGGAAAUGGUUUACUCGCACAUUGCAAAAGCCUGAGGGUGGCAUUGGGGUCGUUGCAUUUCGAUAUAUUAAUUUGCAACGGGCAACUAAAGCCUUUUCAGAGAAGUUGGGGGGAGGAAGUUUUGGUUCUGUAUUUAAGGGGUACCUAGGCAACUCUACCAUAGCCGUGAAAAGGCUCGAUGGAGCCUAUCAAGGAGAGAAGCAAUUCAGGGCUGAAGUGAAUUCAAUUGGAAUCAUCCAGCAUAUUAACUUAGUUAAACUGAUUGGGUUUUGUUGUGAAGGUGAUAACAGGUUACUUGUGUAUGAAUACAUGCCAAACCGCUCCCUUGAUGUGUGCUUGUUCGAGGCUAAUGAUAUAGUUUUGGAUUGGACUACUAGGUACCAAGUAGCUACUGGAGUUGCAAGAGGUCUUGCUUACUUGCAUAAUAGUUGUCGGGAUUGCAUCAUACAUUGUGAUAUCAAGCCAGAGAAUAUACUUCUCGAUGCAUCUUAUGUGCCUAAAAUUGCAGAUUUUGGAAUGGCAAAGAUUUUGGGGAGGGAAUUUAGCCGUGCAAUGACAACAAUGAGAGGAACUAUUGGAUAUAUGGCUCCUGAAUGGAUUAGUGGAACAGUUGUUACAUCAAAAGUAGAUGUUUACAGCUAUGGAAUGGUUUUGUUUGAGAUCAUAUCAGGAAGGAGGAACUCAAGUCAUGAAUGUUUCAGGGAUGGUGAUUAUUCAUUCUUUUUUCCCAUGCAAGUUGCACGCAAACUUCUCAAUGGAGACAUCGGAAGUCUUGUGGAUGCCAGUUUGAAAGGUGACAUGAACCUAGUGGAGGUUGAAAGAGCUUGCAAAAUUGCAUGUUGGUGCAUUCAAGACAACGAAUUUGAUCGACCAACAAUGGCUGAGGUGGUACAGGCCCUUGAGGGUCUACUUGAACUCGACAUGCCUCCAUUGCCAAGACUACUAAGUGCUAUCACAGGAGACUCACAUUCAGUGACACCACAAUAUUUUGAUUCAGUGUAAAUCUAUAUGCUGAUUCACAAUUAAAAGUAGUCUACCAGGACAUUAUAAUUCAUCUUGCCUUUUUAGAAAAUUAGGGAUAACAUCUAAGGUCUUUAAGAGAUCAUGUUAAAUAAACUCGUAGUUAUUAAGAUCUCUGUGCCCAAGCAGGAGAUCGUGCCAGCCUUCCAGACAAAAUAUAUUUUGUGUCUAUGUAAGAUCUGUAGGUAUUAGUGUACCGUAUACAUUUUUCAUGUUGCCAAUUGAGAUGUUUCCGGA